AUGGCAUUAGAUCGAGCAGUUAAGGAUAAAAUCCAUUUCAAACGUGAUGUUGAACAAGAACAUGCAGCUAGAGAAUGGAUCGAAUCUAUUACUGGUGAAAAAUUUCCGACUGAAGAUUAUGAAGAAGCUCUUCAUGAUGGAAUUGUUUUGUGCAAAUUAAUGAAUAAACUUAAACCUGGUUCUGUACCUAAAAUUCAUACACAGGGAGGUCCAAUUAAACUACGUGAAAAUAUUGGUCUUUUUCAAACAGCUGCACGUGCUUAUGGUGUUGAUGCUAGUGAAGUAUUUCAAGCUGUUGAUUGUUUUGAUAAACACAAUAUUCAACAAGUAACAUUAUGUAUUUUUGCACUAAAUCGUGCUGCUCAAAAGAAUAACUUCGAUGGACCUAAAUUGAACUAUCAUACCAAAUUACCUGUCUACGAUUAA